AUGCAAACUCCUACUGGCUUCCAGUUUAGAUGGUCAUACAUUCUGAGCUACCUCAGCUUUGCCAGGGUUUUGACAGAGAAACUGAAUGACUGUUGGCUAGAAAACAUAGACCACGAGAUAAACACUACGCUGGAUGUUCAGCGUUCCUAUAUUUUUGACACAAGUCAAUGGCAGAUCUCUGGCACAAGUACGGAACGUCUGUCUGGGUCUCACACUGGAAUUCAAGCUCUGACAAACACUCAGCAGUGUUUAUUUGAUCGUGCAGUGUUGGCUCUCAGGGCGGGCUCUCGAUCCAUCUCUUCAGGCCUCAGUAUGAGGAUAUGCCUGCUGGCCAUGGCGUGCCUUAUCUACCCUGUGGUGAUGUUCUCUUUCAAACAGAUGACAGAGUGGAUACAGAACUAUGCCCACAGUCUGAAGGAGAAAACACAAGAUCUUAAGCACCAGAGGCAGCUGGCUGAAGAUCUGCUUCACCAAAUGCUGCCAAAGUCAGUGGCCAAACAGCUCCGCCAGCAUAAACAUGUUGAAGCUGAGAGCUACGAAAAGGUGACCAUUUUUUUCUCAGACAUUGUGGGCUUCACCUCUAUCUCUGCGUCCUGUACUCCAUUGCAAGUAGUGGAGAUGCUCAACAACCUCUACAUGUGUUUUGAUACGCGCAUUGACUCCUAUGAUGUCUACAAGGUGGAGACUAUAGGAGAUGCAUACAUGGUGGUGAGCGGCCUACCUGAAAGGAACGGAGACAGACAUGUGGAUGAAAUUGCCAAGAUGGCUCUGGAUCUGGUAGCAGCCGUCAGACAGGUCUCCAUUCCUCACAUGCCCAAUGAGAGGCUUCAGCUCAGAGCUGGCAUCCACACAGGUCCAUGUGUGGCAGGAAUAGUGGGCUACAAGAUGCCAAGAUACUGUCUAUUUGGAGAUACCGUCAACACAGCCUCUAGAAUGGAAUCAACCAGCCUGCCUCAGAAAAUCCACAUCAGUUCAGAAGCAUACCUGGCUCUGAUCAAAGACAAUGCUUAUGAGCUGCAGCUUCGUGGAGAGAUUGAGAUUAAGGGUAAGGGCAAAAUGUAUACAUACUGGCUGAUUGGCCACAAGAACUACAGCGUGCAGAAUGACAGUCUGGUUUGCCACUGGAAUCCCAACAUGGCCAGAAAGAAGAAGAUGUUAGCAGGGAGCCAGGUAUCUGUGAGCAAUGUGAGUUAA